CCUUCCCAGCGGCCCCCGCGCGCCCCGUGACGUCACCGGCGCCCUUCAACCUAGGCCGGAAAAUGGCGUCCGCCACCAGGCUGAUUCGGAUGCUGCGGAACUGGGCGUCCGGGCACGACUUGCAGGCCAAGCUGCAACUGCGGUACCAGGAGAUCGCCAAGCGGACUCAGCCUCCUCCCAAGCUCCCAGUGGGCCCCAGCCACAAAUUCUCCAACAAUUACUACUGCACUCGAGAUGGCCGUCGGGAAUCUGUGCCGCCCUCUGUUGUGAUGUCCACACAGAAGGCACUGGUGGCAGGCAAGCAAGCUGAGAGCUCUGCCAAGGGGCCUGUGACGCCAGCGCCUCCAAUGAAGAAGUGGGAACUGUCCAAAGACCAGCCAUACCUGACUUAGGCUUCCGCUUCAGCACUUCCUCCUCCCUGGCUGCCUUCUGGGACUUAAUUUAUGACAAAUGCAUUGCGCUUUACUAUCA